CCUGGGAUUAGACUCUCGUACUGAGAAAGAGGACCAGACGAGGUGAUGAUUCCACGAUGGAUAUGCUUUGUGGCCCUGUUGCUGAGAAUAGAGGUCAGAGGGUGGAAUCAGCUGCCGCGGAAAACUGUGCGCUACUCAGAGGUCUCUGAGAUUCGCCAGUCCUGGCUCAGUGGUAUCUCCCAUUACCUGAUAUUGACACUGGAUGAGCGUCGAGGGGCCCUGUAUGUUGGUGCAAGGGAGGCCAUAUACGCGUUGGACCUUAAUAAUGUUGGAAAGGAAUUGCGACCUUCGAUUGUAUGGGAAGCUCCAUAUGAAAGGAAGAUGGAGUGUGUCAAUAAAGGAAGGAACAAUCAGACGGAGUGUUUCAAUUACAUUCGCAUCCUGCAAGAAUUUAAUGACACUCACCUCCUCACCUGUGGGACGUAUGCCUUUCAGCCCAAGUGUGCUUAUAUUGAGCUGUCAACGUUCACUUUAGAUAGUGUUAACUUGGAAGAUGGACGGGGAAAGUGUCCAUAUGAUCCAUCCACAGGCCAUGCAGGGAUUGUUGUAGAUGGAGCGCUAUAUUCUGCCACUUUGCUUAACUUCCUGGGGACGGAGCCAGUAAUCCAGCGAAGUGUGGGGCAGCACAGUGUCCUGAAGACGGAAUAUCUGGCAACGUGGCUCAAUGGACCAAACUUUGUGGGCUCCUCCCACAUCCUGGAGAGUGAGAAUGAUUUUGGAGAUGAUGACAAAAUCUAUUUCUUCUUUACUGAGCGGGCGCUGGAAUAUGAUUGCUACAGUGAGCAGGUUGUCUCGAGGGUGGCCCGAGUCUGCAAGGGGGAUGCAGGAGGGGCCCGUACUCUUCAGAGGAAGUGGACAAGUUUCCUGAAGGCCCGGCUAGUGUGCUCUAUUCCAGAGUUACAACUUCAUUUUAACCUGCUGCAAGCUGUGUACACAUUGCGCACCAACCACUGGAAGUCCACAGAGUUCUAUGCCGUCUUCCAAGCACUCUGGGGGGAUGUUUCUGUCUCCGCCGUCUGCCAGUACUCCUUACAAGACAUCCAGAAGGUGUUUGAUGGGUCGUACAAGGAAUAUCACGAACAGGCCAAGAAGUGGGGCCCGUAUUCUGACUCCGUGCCCAUUCCCCGCCCUGGAUCUUGUAUCACAGACUUCCACAGACGUCAUGGAAUGAUCAGCUCACUGGACCUUCCAGACAACACACUCAACUUCGCCAAGACGCACCCCCUGAUGGAUGACACUGUCCAGCCUGUUCAAGGACGCCCCUUGCUGGUCAGGAAAGGGGUCAACUUUACCACAAUUGCAGUAAACACGACUAAAGGGCUGCAUGGGGAGUUGUAUGAUGUCCUAUUCAUUGGAACAGGAAAUGGCUGGCUGAAUAAAGCGGUCAGGUUGGGUUCCUCCGUACACCUGAUUGAAGAACUUCAGAUGUUUGAUAAGCCUUCUCCUGUGCAAAGCCUGGUUCUCUCCAGCCAGACGCCUUUUCUGUUUGCUGGUUCCCCAGCUGGACUGGUACAGCUGCCCUUGGCAGACUGCAGUAAAUACAGAUCCUGUGCAGACUGCGUUCUUGCCCGGGACCCCUUUUGUGCCUGGAAUGUCAACAUCGGUCGAUGUGUUCCCUCUGAUGAGCAGUACGGGGAUGUGUUGCUACAGGAUAUCCAGGGUUCAGAUGCAUCAAUGUGUGACGUUCAGUACAAUAAAGCUGUUAAGCCCUCAUUAAGAAACCUUACUGUGGCCAUUGGGACAAAUGUAGUUCUCCCAUGUCAGCUGACCUCCAACCUGGCUCAACCUGUAUGGACCUUCAAUGGACGCGAGUUGUCCCAAGAAGAAGAUGAUUCAAUGCUAUAUGACAUUACCCUGCAGGCUCUGGUCAUCCUUGGAGUUGGUGUCCACCGCUCUGGUACAUACUAUUGCUUUUCAGUUGAACAAGGGGCUCACUUUGCCUCUGAGCACUACCAACUCAGUGUCGUGGCUUCCCCAUCUCUCACUUUGGAAUCUCGUGCCCCCAUGGAUGGUCUGGGCUUGGUCUGGAUGAUGGUGAUAGCACUUGGAGCAGUGUGCUUAGCCCUGUUUCUGGCCGUUGUCUACCUGCGAAGGAAGUUACAGGAUGAAAUGGAGAAAGGGUCGAAGUCCCUGGAGAACACCCUAGUGUAUCCCAUCCAGCUACCAUCUCAACCCAAAAUGACAAAGUGCCUGCCGAGCGCAGAUUCUGAUGAGAAACUUUGGGAUCCAUCCUCUUUUUAUUAUUCUGACGGUUCACUUAAAAUUGUCCCAGGUCAUGCAUUGUGCCAAAACAGCACUGGCUCUUCCUCACCUUCUGGCAAUGGGAUUCCAGGUCAACCACUGCCAUCACCACCUCUUCACUCUCCUAAUCACAUGCUCUCGGGAGUGCGUGGCUCAAGCAGUAACGGUUAUAUACGUCUCACGCUGGGUGGUGGAGUGGGAGAGGAACGUCCUCCACUUGGAGAGCUUAAUGAAGAACUGAGGUGGAAACUGAAGCAAAGACAGACUCUGCCAGAUUCCAACCCUGAGGAAUCCUCAGUCUGACACACCCUCUUACUACCUGCACAGUUUGCACUGUUUUCUUUUUUUGUUUUUUUUUUUUGUUUUUUCUGAACUACCUCAGGGACUGGAGGAUUGGGGAGGGAUGCAGCCAAAUUUAUUUUUCUCUCUCCCCUAUGGUAUCCUCUGAUGGACUGCAGAUUUACGAAAGUGAGGAAAAGACCUUUUGUGGCUCCCUUGUUGCCCCGGUGUCCUCGUUUUACCUAUGCUCGAGACUCAUAAAAAUUCAGUAUUUGUUAAUCUUUCUUUAAAGAUUUUGGCGCACUCACAAGUGAUGUAAAA